CUUCAGUAUCCGUGAACGUCUCGUAGAGUAAACAACGAAACUUAAAAAUUAUUUGUAAAAAUUGUGUCCUAAAUAUAAUAGGAAUAUAAGUUUUUGGCUUUCUUUUUUUUUUAAACAACCUUUUAUUGGGUACCCAAAAUUUUACAAGUUUGAAAUUUAAAGUGAAAAUUUUUCGGAUUAAAGCGUUUAUUUAUUUAAUUUUUUUUUUUUUGAGCGGUACUCUCGAGCCAAGUGGGCUAAGCUGAACAAUGUUCGGACUCUCGCGUCAGUUGCUCUUCCGGAUCUGCAGCAAGUCGCCGGCAUGCCGCCAGUACGCGGCGCAGGUGAUCCGGCGUUCCUACGCCUCUCAGGCCAUCAACCAGAUGCUGCUCCUCCAGCAGAUGGACAUCUGCGCUGACCAGCCUUCCCGAGCCUUAGUGAUCGGUGUGUACGCCGACGAGGAGGACAAAAACGAUGCGGGCAUCCUUACGCCCGCCGGUUGGCGCUACAAUCUCCAGAAGACAAAAGGUCGCCUCAUUGAGGUUCUUCGGAUGUCUGGACCCAUGCCCAAGCGAGGCGAGGCCCGCCUCCUCUUUGCCGUGGAGCCUGAACGCAUCCCUUACUACUCCGUGGUGGCAGUCGUGGGCCUGGGCAAAGAGUGCCUUGGCUACAAUCCGUACGAGGUCCUCGACGAGCAGAAGGAGGCUAUCCGUCGCUCGGUGGCCGCCGCCUGCCGCAUCCUCGCUGAACUCGACACUGACCGAAUCGAAGUGGAGAAUUGCGGACACGCCGAAUCUGCCGCCGAAGGUGCAGCACUGGGCAUCUGGCUGUAUCAGGAACUCCGUGACCCGAAGACUCGCAUCUUCGUCCCAGCCAUUGAUCUGUACGCCACCAAGGACGAGGUCUGCGACAUCGAAGGCUGGCGCAUCGGCUUACAGAAGGCUGCCGCUCAGAAUCUGACGCGCCAACUGCAGGAAAUGCCCUCUAACCUUCUGACUCCCACGGCCUUCGCCCAGAAUGUCGUCGAGGUGCUCUGUAAAUCUGGAGUCAACGUGGAAGUGAAAGUCGAGGGCUGGGCGGAGAGCCAGUCGAUGCACGCCUUCUUGGCAGUGGGCAAGGCCUCCUGCGAGCCACCCAUCUUCCUGGAAUUGAGCUACUACGGAACCUGCGCUGAGGAGCGACCGAUCGUUCUGGUCGGUCAAGGAAUCACAUACGAUGCUGGCGGCCUGUGCUUGAAGCAAAAGAAGGAACUCUUCAACAUGCGUGGCGACAUGACUGGAGCAGCAGUGGUUGUAGCCACUUGCAGAGCCGUGGCUGGACUGAGAUUGCCGGUUAACAUUCGUGGCCUUAUCCCGCUGUGCGAAAACGUGAUCGGUUGCAAUUCCUUCCGUCCUGGAGACAUGGUCAAGUCCAUGAACGGCAAGACCAUUGAAGUACAGUGCACCGACCACGAGGAUGUCCUGGUGCUAGCAGAUGCUCUACUGUAUGCACAAAACUUCUGUCCCAAGUGCAUUAUCGAUAUCGGCACCUGUUCCGGCUACAUGAGACAGGCCUUGGAUGAAGCGGCCGCUGGCGUGUUCACCAAUUCCGAGAUCCUCUGGCAGCAAAUCAAGCACGCCAGCAUGCACACCGGUGAUCGGGUGUGGCGCUUCCCUCUGUGGAACUAUUACAGCAAGGCCGUGCGUGCCGGAGGACGCAGUGAUGUCCAGAACUACGGUAUUGGCCGUGGAGGACGUCCCUGCAAGGCUGCCGCUUUCCUGCGUGAAUUUGUGCCAUGCGGACAAUGGAUGCAUAUUGAUGCUACCAAUGUGAUGGUCACCAACGGGAUGGAUUUCGAGUAUCUGCGUCGCGGCAUGGCGGGUCGUCCCACGCGUACCCUUAUUGAAUUUAUUGCCCAAACUAUCUGCAAGGACACCGCUCCUAAGAUGGGAAAAUAGUGUGAUGAAAAUAAGGACGAGGGUAACUAACCAGAGCCCGAUGGCACUGCCCCGAAGGUGAUCACGAAGCACUAACAUCACGUACAUAUUUGGCGAUUUUUUAUUUUUUUAUGAAGUCUGUUCCGGGGUUGGAUUAGUCCUGUAGUCACUUAGUCCAGUCCCAACAAAAUUGCAAGCGAGAUUGUUUCCAGGCCCCGAAAAUAUUUGUUUGUAUUUUUAGUCGAAGAAAAUAAAUUUUAGACCCUCAA